AUGUUUCAUACAGCAAUGGUGCUUCUCUUGGAAGUUGCAGCGUCAGAUGGCUCUGAUCUCCAUUCGACCACCUCUCACGAGAUUUACCGUCACGCUCGACUAGCCUGCGGAGUCAUCAAAACAAACCCUCAAACAUGUUGUCUAGUCAAUUCGUUGCAGCCAGCUUAUAUAUGUGGCCGACACAUGCGUACGCGAUCUGAGAAGUUUGCUGUACUUGAGAUAUUUGGUCUCAUCCAUAGUCAGACUGGGUGGAAAACUGAAUGGCGAACCAGUGAGUUGCGUAAGCUAUGGGGAAUAGCCUGA